UUUUUACUCCAGUAAUGACCAACUUCAACUGAAGGGUGACAAAUCCUGUAUUGGGCAAUUUCCUAACUGCAGCACCAUGGCAGGAAUUACCAAAUAUAAUGGGUAUACUGGGAAUGAGACCUUUCUGCAGGUUUGAAGCAGACGCCCUCAGGGAGGCCGGCGCUGUCUGCUCGGGGCCACGGAAGGAGGGCUGGCCGGGCCCGGCGGGGCCGUCAGUGCCACCAACACCGCGGCGGCUCAGGCGUGGCCUCCGCUAACGGCGUCCCUGCCCUGUUGCUGCCGGUGAAACAAGAAGGCGCCUCUUGAGGGGUCACGGAGGUGUCUGAGGGCUUUUACCCCGGCGGGGAUGGCGAGGAGAGCGCUGGGGCUGGGUCAGCGACGUCCGGCACCCUCAGUCCCUGACGGCGGCGGCUGUGCCCUCACGCCCUCGCCUCGACGCCGCGCGGGGCUCAGGGAUGAGGGCUGAGGCGGCGAGGGGAAGGAGCGCGGCCCUUCAAGGGAGCCUUUCAGCCUUCUGCAGGCCGCCGGCGCCGAGACCCGCCAAGCAGCGUCUGGAAAACAUGUCCUAUGGAAAGUGGCUGAGGGAGCUGGGUUUGUUUAGUCCCGAGGAGGCUCCAGGUGGACCUCAUCGCUUUCUACAACUGCCUGAAAGAAGGUUGUAGUGGGCUGGGGGCCGGUCUCUUCUGCCGUGCCCACAGUGAGGGGACCAGAGGAAAUGGCUUUAAGGUGAGACGGCGGCUGUUGGGGUAGUCAGGCAAUGGAAUAGGUUGCCCAGGGCGGUGGGGGCGGCACUGUCCCUAGUGGUGUUUAAGAGGAAGAGGCGUCUGGAUGUGGCGCUGGCUGAUGUGGUUCACAGAUUUAGAGGUGAUUGUGAUGGUGCUGGGUUGACGGUUCGACUGGGCGGUGUUAAGGAUCUCUUCGAACCUCGACGAUUCCACGAUUCCAUGCUUCUGUGAUUCCAUUCUUACCCCUCGCGGCGCGGGGCGGGACCCACCGCGGCUGUCACGGAAAGGGAGGGCAGGGCCCCCGCGGCCCCGCCCUUCAGCUGUUGCUGCCCGGGCCCCGAUUGGCGCCGCGCGGCGCCGCCCGGCCCCGCUAUAAGGCGGAGGCGCGGGAGGGGAAGGAGCUGCCGCGGCCGCGGCGGGGCUGGUGGGGGAAGAGUGAGAAGGAAGACUUGCCAGACAAGAUCCAAAACCAGUGCAACCUUUGCCUUUGUAAUAAGGUGACUCAGAAAGUCUGCGUAGAGGAUUCCUAGCCAGAGCUGCUUGGUGCAGGGUACUGUCUCUCAAGUACCUGAGUGGGAAGAGGAUAUGCGUGAAGGAAGGAUGCCUACACUUUGUCACUGAAAGGGGUUUGAAGAUGCAUCAAGACUGAUAGUGAGGACAGAAAAAUCUCCUGAAGAAGAGGACAGCCUGAACUAUUGGCCAUGUCUAUCACAGAUCACAGCCCCACCACUGGAGUGGUGACUGUCAUCGUUAUCCUGAUUGCUAUUGCGGCUCUGGGAGCCCUGAUUCUGGGCUGCUGGUGCUACCUGCGGCUGCAGAAGCUCAGCCAGUGUGAGGAUGAGGAAAGCAUUGUGGGUGAGGGAGAAACCAAAGAGCCCUUUCUGCUGGUGCAGUACUCUGCUAAAGGACCCUGUGUGGAGAGGAAAGCAAAGCUAACUCCAAAUGGCCCAGAAGUACACAGCUAACUCGGAGCAACAUGCGGAUGGGCUACGCUCAUGACGUGUAACCAGCAGAAGCAUCUCAAUACUGUGAAGAACCUGGUCACGUGCAAACUACUCAUCAGAAAACACCCUGAUAAGAAUUAAAUAAACUUUGUUUGCAACUGCA